AGCUACAACAAAGAUUACCUCUCCCCACCCGACGAAGAGAAAAUGGAGAAAGUGGUGCCUUCUGCAAACGAGAUCUAUUAUUAUAUCGAAAAUGACAAUGCACCAAGCAUUGUGCACGACACGAACAAACAGUACUCAAGUCGAAAGGUGCUGGCAAGGGCCCUAAGUCAAGCCUAA